AUGUCGUCAUCCCAGCAUUCCAUCAAACAAAUUGCCGUUCUCCGCCGAAAACCGGGUAUGACGCGGAAAGAGUACUUCGAUUAUCGUUUUCGAGUCCACGGAGCUCUGAGCGAUGCCCCCGAGGACAAGGAUCAGAAACCGCAGCCAAUACUUAGAAUUCGGCUCCUGCUUCAAAGCAAAUACAUACAGACUCAGAUUUUCGAUGCCGCGUUCGGUCUGCGUGCUGAUGGACUCCCGAACGCAAAUCAUUAUUGGUGCGGUCGCGACGAUACCACAGAGCUCUAUUUCCGAGACUGGGACCAUGUUAUCAAGAGUUUUAACUCCGACUACGUCAAAACAAAAGUAGGCCCAGAUGCCCGCUUUUUCGCCGACUUCGAAACCAGCAUUUCGCUCAUGGCGAGGGAAAAACAAGUAGAGCUUAAGACUCGGUUGGCAUCCGAGCGCUCCGGCAGAGCGCUUGGCCAAGGCAACACUACCGUAGCCAUGUACUUCGUCUCAACUCCGGAUAAUCAACUCAGCGGUGGCAAGUUGGAGCCUGAGCUCACUCCAACCCUUACUCAAGCGCUCGAGCAGCACUGCCAGGAUGACGCUUGGGGUGUUAUCGCAAAUGUUGGCGAAGUUUCUGAAAAGUUUGAUCUUAACGCUUACUUUGGAGGGGCUCGAGCGCCACAAUAUGCCCUAGUCUAUAAAAUCUACCUGAAAGGCCCCGCCUCUGUGCCUGCGGUAAGGCGGAGUCAGAAGCUGUUCGAGGAUGCGGUAAAGGAUCACAUUGACUUACAUGAAUCUUUCAUUGUGUUUUCCGAAGAAGUAUUAGUAAUGGACGUAGGGGAAAACGUUAGAUUUUCUCGCGACCGCCAACCUAUCUUUCAGGAUCUUCCAGGAUCUAGUCAUCUGGAUGCCUAG